CCGCGCUCUGUGGCCGCGGGCUCGGCGGCGCGGCCGGUCCGUCCGCUCGGCGCGCGGCCCCGCCCCCCGGUCACACCACCCGCCCGGCCGGCGCUGCGUCAGCCCGGCAAGAUGGAGACCGCUGAGGAAGAUAUAUGCAGAGUCUGUCGGUCGGAAGGAACUCCCGAGAAACCCCUCUAUCACCCGUGUGUGUGUACUGGCAGUAUUAAAUUUAUUCAUCAGGAAUGCUUAGUUCAGUGGCUUAAACACAGCAGAAAAGAAUACUGUGAAUUAUGUAAGCACAGAUUUGCUUUCACACCAAUUUAUUCCCCAGAUAUGCCUUCACGGCUUCCAAUCCAAGACAUCUUUGCUGGACUGGUUACAAGUAUUGGCACAGCAAUACGAUACUGGUUUCAUUAUACACUUGUGGCCUUUGCAUGGUUGGGAGUAGUACCUCUUACUGCAUGUCGUAUCUACAAGUGCUUGUUUACUGGCUCUGUGAGCUCACUACUGACACUGCCAUUAGAUAUUCUGUCCACGGAGAACUUACUGGCUGACUGUUUGCAGGGCUGUUUUGUGGUGACAUGCACUCUAUGUGCAUUUAUCAGCCUUGUUUGGUUACGUGAACAGAUCGUCCAUGGAGGAGCACCACAGUGGUUGGAACAAAAUCAACAGCAGCCACUCAAUGGUGUUGGUCAACAAAAUGAGGCUCAGGCUGCUGUAAAUGGAGGUGUUGAUAAUGCUGUGCUUGAUCAGCCUGCUAACCCAGCUGCUGAGAAUGUAGUUGUAGGUGAGAACCCUGAAAUUCAAGAGGAACAAGUAGAUGAAGAGGAAGAAGAUAAUGAAGAUGAAGAGGAUGCUGUAGUAGAAGAUGCAGCAGAUGCAAACAAUGGAGCACAAGAUGACAUGAACUGGAAUGCAUUGGAAUGGGAUCGAGCAGCAGAAGAACUUACUUGGGAGCGAAUGCUUGGACUUGAUGGAUCUCUGGUUUUCUUAGAACAUGUCUUUUGGGUGGUGUCUUUAAAUACCCUGUUCAUACUUGUCUUUGCAUUUUGUCCAUACCACAUUGGUCACUUCUCCAUUGUUGGCCUGGGCUUUGAGGAAUAUGUCCAAGCAUCUCACUUUGAAGGCCUGAUUACAACUAUAGUGGGAUAUGUUCUUCUAGCAGUGACUCUAAUUGUUUGUCAUGGUUUGGCAGCUCUUGUUAAGUUUCAGCGAUCACGUCGUUUACUAGGAGUUUGCUAUAUUGUUGUCAAGGUUUCCUUGUUAGUGGUGGUUGAAAUUGGUGUGUUUCCUCUCAUCUGUGGCUGGUGGUUGGAUAUAUGCUCCUUGGAGAUGUUUGAUGCCACUCUGAAAGACAGAGAAUUGAGCUUUCAGUCUGCCCCAGGCACCACAAUGUUUCUGCAUUGGUUGGUUGGAAUGGUUUACGUUUUCUAUUUUGCAUCCUUCAUCCUUUUGCUAAGAGAGGUAUUGAGACCUGGUGUCUUAUGGUUUCUCAGGAAUUUGAAUGAUCCAGACUUCAAUCCUGUGCAGGAAAUGAUUCACUUGCCCAUCUAUAGACAUCUCAGGAGGUUUAUCUUAUCAGUGAUUGUCUUUGGAUCAAUUGUACUACUCAUGCUCUGGCUUCCUAUACGCAUUAUUAAGUAUCUCCUGCCUAACUUUCUUCCAUAUAAUGUUAUGCUCUACAGUGACGCUCCAGUAAGUGAACUUUCCCUAGAGCUGCUUUUGCUUCAGGUGGUGCUUCCAGCUUUGUUAGAGCAAGGACAUACAAGACAGUGGUUGAAAGGUCUUGUACGAGCAUGGACUGUUACUGCUGGAUACUUGCUGGAUCUUCAUUCUUACCUACUUGGUGAUCAGGAAGAGAACGAAAACAAUGCAAAUCAGCAACCUAACAACCAGCAUGCUCGCAAUAAUAACGCCAUUCCAGUUGUGGGAGAAGGUCUCCAUGCAGCCCAUCAAGCCAUACUUCAACAGGGAGGACCUGUGGGUUUCCAGCCUUAUCGUAGGCCUUUAAAAUUCCCACUCAGGAUAUUUCUUUUGAUUGUUUUCAUGUGCAUAACAUUACUGAUUGCUAGUCUUAUCUGCCUUACCUUACCAGUGUUCGCUGGCCGGUGGUUAAUGUCAUUUUGGACUGGGACUGCCAAAAUCCAUGAGCUGUACACAGCUGCCUGCGGUCUCUAUGUCUGCUGGCUGACUAUCCGAGCUGUGACAGUGCUGGUGGCCUGGAUGCCGCAGGGUCGUAGAGUCAUUUUCCAGAAGGUCAAAGAAUGGUCUCUCAUGAUAAUGAAGACAUUGAUAGUGGCUAUACUGCUCGCUGGUGUGGUUCCGCUUUUGCUUGGUCUUUUGUUUGAAUUGGUCAUCGUCGCACCUUUGAGAGUUCCUUUGGAUCAAACACCUCUCUUCUAUCCCUGGCAGGACUGGGCUCUUGGAGUUCUGCAUGCCAAAAUAAUUGCUGCCAUAACUCUGAUGGGUCCCCAGUGGUGGCUGAAAACUGUUAUUGAACAGGUAUAUGCAAAUGGGAUUCGUAACAUUGACUUACACUUCAUCAUCCGUAAACUGGCAGCACCCGUAAUCUCUGUCCUCUUGCUUUCCCUGUGUGUGCCGUACAUCAUAGCUUCUGGUGUUGUACCUUUACUGGGAGUUACAGCUGAAAUGCAGAACCUCGUUCAGCGACGCAUUUAUCCUUUUCUGCUUAUGGUGGUGGUUUUGAUGGGAAUUCUGUCCUUCCAAGUCCGCCAGUUCAAGCGCCUUUAUGAACAUAUUAAAAAUGACAAGUACCUUGUUGGACAACGACUUGUGAAUUAUGAACGGAAGUCUGGUAAACCAGGCACAUCAACAACUCCACCUCAGUCUUCACAAGAAUAGAUGGUCAUAUUAAACAUGUUGACCUUCCCUUUGCCUUUACAUGUCCUUUUUUCAUAGACUCUUAUCGUCUUUGGAUAUCUCUCCCAAUAAUACUCUCAGCAGUGUUUUGGCUUCUGUUGGUAGCAUCAAGAUAGCAGUUAAGGCUCUGUUUCUUAUCUGCAUUUUCUGAUGUUGUAAAUGCUGUCUGAGAUCUGUAUAUGUGUAUAUAGAAAUGUCCUGACACCCUAAAACCUUGGAUUAAAAAGAAUGUGCAUUGUACAUCUUUAAAAAGUAUAUUAAUUUAUUAAAUCUAGUUGUCACUUUA